AUGCCCAACGCGACCGGUCACACAGUCCAGCUGAAUCCCUACGCCCAAGAUUGGGCCCCUGAGGCGUUCAAGGCCGCCGCACUGCUUCCCAACAGGAACAGCACCGCCUUCCCGUGGUUCCUGGACGCGUCUGCGUGCGUGGGACCCAAUGACACGAUUCUUGGGCCGGGGCCGGUGGCGGACGCUGCACCUUGCGCCGCCGCGGACGCAACAGAAAACGUUGUGCCUUCUUGGUUUCAGCGUGCCUGGAUGGAGGCGACACAGAUCUACUACUACUACUACAACUACUAUAACUACUUGUACCAGUACAGCUGCUGCGAGGCGGAUCGCGAGAGGCACAGAUUUUGCGUGGCCCCUCCAACUGUGGCUGCAUUCCGUGAAGCACAAUUCCCGAGAGAGGGCUCUACAGAUUCCGAUGUACCUGCAGCAGGCACGGAUGCCUGUACACAGACUUUUCCUUGCAAUGAGGUUGCACCAAUGCACGAGUCCAAGGAACAUGAAUCUUUUCUUCCUCCUUUUCCUCAUUCCCAUUUACUUUUGGGGGAAAAUAUUGGGGAUGACAAACGUAUUGAAGCUUGCCAUCGUGGUACAUCAACAUUGCCUUCCUGCCUACUAUGUGGGAAAGACAAUCACCUUUACACGGCCUGUCGACUGUUUGACGACAAGACCGUGUGCUUUAUAAAUACUGCAGAUUUUACUGUUUAUGCCAUGCGGCACGAUCAUUGGAUUGAGCGGGCCACAUUGCAUGACGUUCAUGCGUUUAUUCGCCUGGCCAUGGGGUUGGUUUCACAAGUCCUCUUGCAGGUGGGCUCCCAACAACUAACGUUGAAGGAUUAUCCUUCUGGGACACGCUGCUGUGAUUUACUGAUUCUUCCUGGAGCUGUUGUGGGCGUGUCAGGGUUCCGACCUUCACUCGGGCCAAACACGACACCGUCGCCGAUGGCUAACGGGCUGGUCACGAACCAGCGGCAGCAUGCACCACUAGAGGACGCCUCUGAUGAGGAAGCAGCAGUGAUGGGUGACGAGGCGUUGGAUGUCUCUACCAUUGGACGGACAUCAGAACUCUCCGUUUCCCUCCCACUCUUGGAGCAUCAUGAAGGCAUCAGAGAUGAUGCGGCGACAAAAAACUUAACCGAAGGUACAAUAUGCAUCAGUGAACAUGAGCACACUCCCGUGAGCAACGGAAGCGGCACCGCUUUACCCUCUCCUGUGUCGACACGUACUGAUAAGGUUGAUUUGGAAGUCGCACAUGUCAGCGUGGUGACACAAGUGGAUUUAACGGCGACGCCUACAGUUCCAGAUCCUGUUAUCACCAAGCCGCUUUCUUUGCCCCCCUCCCCAAGAGAUUUUUCUGGAGUCCCUGAGGAGCACUUGGAUUGGGAAGCGGUGGUGCGCAGGGACGACCACGGCAACGAGCAGCCAGUGGCUAAUACCACUGCAGAGUUGACAGCAACGGAGCAGGCUGUAGACAUAACAGUUGAGCACGAGACGCCUCACGUCUUUCCAGACACGCCGGAAACUGUGGCUAAGCCCUUCGACACGGAUGCAUCGCGCCUGCGUCGCACCUUCCACGUCAGAUUUCUACCCGUACAGAUGUCGUUUAGGGAAAUACGUACGCUUCUGUGGUCGUGUGGCGAGGUGGCUAAGGUGCGGCUGGUGAAGCCCCGCGCGACGGCAAACCCGGGACGGAUGUUUUAUGUGUGCUUUGUCGAAUACGCCACAGACAAAGGCGCGGCGAAGGUGAAGGAGUUGCAUGGCCAUCAUGUGGCCGGUACCUUCCGAUUGACUGUGGAGUGCAGCCGAAAUCCGAUUCUCGGGGGCUACGUCACGGACCGCGACGAACACACGGGUAAGCCAUGUACCUUCGGCCUGAGCGAGGGUGAGAGGCUUGCUGUGGAGAGGCGUUACGUCGAUGUGAGGGGCGGUGACACCGGUGAAGUGUCGGACGGCGGCGCAACGAAGUCGUCUCACCAGCGGGGAGGACAACGACGACAUUCCAGGGAGUGCUCCAAGGCGCCCGUCACGACCACAGCCACUGCCAAGGAAGAACGUUACAGCAUGGCAUUGCGUGGCAGGAACGACAAAAUUGGGCCAUACGCUCUUGAAAUCGUCGCUAAAGACGGUCGUUGGAGACGGGUACGACUGGGUGCGGGUCGAAAUCGAGGGGACGCCGUCACUGGAGGUGGCAGUGGCGAGGCGUCCGCAGCGUUGACCUCAUUCGCCGCUGUAAGGGCGAGGGCAGCAGCGGCAGGGCUUCCGCCUGCUGUGGGUCGUGACGUGGGCGGGAGCUGUGAACAGGUUCUGCGUGAGCGUUUGUGUGCUGCCACUUCCUGCUACGUGCAGUGCACGACACCACGAAACUUUUUUGAGGUUCUCAGUGUAUUGGAGGAAGGCAAGUGGUGCUCUGUCACUAUCAUGUUCCGCCUGUUUCUUGCGAGGUGUGAAGUGGCGUUAUUUUUUCACCACGUCCUACCUCGGGCCUUUGAAAACGCUGCCAUGGCUGCCACGCGAGUGGUUCACUUAAGCGACACUCUCACGCGGCUUUUGACAGAUGUCGUGGCUAAUGGUGGACGCGUUGCCCCCUUGUGGAGCUCUUUCUUUAUGCCCAUACCACCGUCUCAACAAUCGCUUCAGGUGUCACGAGACAAUGAUCAACAAAGCGAGGAGUUGCUGGAAAGCAAAAAAGACGUUCGGCACUACCCGUGCUUCGGCAAGGUGCUGCAAUUUGUGGAGCUGUUGCUUCACAUCACUCUCUUGUUUGAUGACUUUCAGUGUAACUGUCAAAGAGAACAUGGUGGGAGAGGCACGGAUGGCGGUGCACUGCCCACCGCACACUCCGCAGGAGCGAGUAAUGGGGACGACGACAUUGCUCAGAAGUUGUUGGCGUGCGUUCGUCGCCUGCUGGUGCGGUUGCACACUGAGCUUGCCAGUGAAGGAGGAGGGCAUUUGUCCCCUGAAGCGCACGUGUGGCACGACAAGGUGUCCAGCAUGUUACACUUGCUACCGCCAGGGCCUGGCUGGAGUUCCGGCUCCCUGCUAGACGCGCUACUACCGGGCAGGACACAGGUGGCUAUUGCCGUGCUGGCAUCACAAACGGAGUUAAAUCUUUUUUGA